CGGGGUUCAGUGCCCGGGUCACAGACUCAGUCAGCACCAUGGCAAUGGAACGGGCCAGGCCGAGGGCAUUUGCCUCGAGAGGGUGACGCCAGAGGCUCGUUGCCUGCACCACGGCACGGGAGGGUGACGCCAGCGCCUCGCUGCCUGGAGGGACCCGGCAUAAAAGACCGUCUCGCUCCCUUGCCAAACUGAUCAUCGACACUGUUCCUGGACACAGUAUCCUCAGAGUCGCCAUGACUUCCCACCCACCAGCCCAUUGCUGCACCGUGGGCGUUUUCCACGAGGGUGAGCCUAGGGGAGAGAUCCGGGAGGUUGCCAACGUCUCGACCUACCUCGCCUACCCCCCCGACCGUGCGACGGACAAGGCCAUCCUGUUCCUGACCGAUGCGAUGGGCCACCGGUUCGUCAACGCCCAGUUGCUGGCCGACCAGUUCGCCGCCCACGGCUACCUGGUCGUCAUGCCGGACCUCUUCGCCGGCGACCCCAUCCCCCUGAACUACUAUUCCAUCACGUUUGACAUCUGGGACUGGUACCGCCACCACCUGCCGCCCCGGGUCGAUCCGAUUGUCGACGGGAUCCUCACGGCGAUGCGGGAGACCCUCGGGUGCCAGCUUAUCGGGGGCGUCGGGUAUUGUUUCGGGGGCAAGUACGUGUGUCGCUAUCUCCAGUCCGGGAAGCUGGACGCCGGCUUCAUCGCCCAUCCGACCGGGGUGGAGGUGGACGAGCUGCGGAGGAUCGAGGGACCCCUGAGCAUCGCGGCGGCGAUCACCGAUGCGGUGUUCACCGCGGACAAGCGUCACGCAAGCGAGGCGAUUUUGGGAGGAUUGGGCGUGCCCUUUCAGAUCAACCUGUUCUCCGAUGUCGAGCACGGCUUUGCGGUGCGCUGCGACCUCAGCGAGACGCGUCAGAAGUUUGCCAAAGAGCAAGCCUUCAGCCAGGCGGUGGCAUGGUUUGAGCAGCAUAUCCCGAGAUGAGGGCGACUCGGGCUUUUCUGGGGUGGUGUAGCCGGGGGUGGAGGAGGUUGCCCACGGUCAAAAGAGGCGCUGGCGGGCUUGUGGAUUUUUGUGUUCUUUCUUUCCUGCUUUUUCUUUUUCUCUUUUUUUUAUUUUUCCCCCUUUUUUUCCCCUUGCAAAUCCGAGAAAAAGAGAAAGCCGUGAAUACCCUCCAAGCUGGAAACAGGUCCGCCGGACCAUCCGACUCCGAGCGGGUCGGAGCUCCGACCGUUCCCCAAAAGAUAAGAUGGCGCCAGACGGAACAUCCCCUCCC